AUAAAGAACUAAUUAAUAUGAUGUUGGAAGAGGGUAAGUGUUCAAUUGUUGCUUGUGAGUGACGAAAUGAAGGCUUUUGCUAUUAUUCUCUUGUGCAUUUUCGCCGCUGUUCAGGGCCGCAGUGCUGGUGUUCAAAGCACCAAAUCCGCAGCCGCCCUGGGCGAGAACCCCUGGCUGGUGCACCUGCGCAUUGCCGUCUCCACCAGUGGCCUGUUGAACACCUGCGCCGGUUCUCUUAUUGACCAAAGAUGGGUCCUCACCUCCGCCAGCUGCCUUUCAGACGCCCGUUUCAUCUGGAUCCGCUACGGAGUCGUUGACGUGAUCAGCCCCUCCCUGGUGACAGAGUCCAGCGCCGUGAGGGUCCACCCUGAGUACAACGCUGCGACCGGAGAGAAUGACAUCGCUCUUAUCAGCAUCAACAGGGCUGUCCACAGUGUUGACAACGUCGCACCCAUCGGCCUGGCCCAGUCCAGCGACAUCCCAUCGUCCGGCAGGUUCUGCGGCUUCGGCGAAGACGACUCUGCUCCUGGUGAGACCCUGAGCUGCUUCGGCGUCUCCUUGUCUGAGGAAGAUGGCAAACUCUCCGCUUCAAGCGACGCUGGAGAAGUUAGCGAGUUCGACAUCGGUGCAGCGGUGGUGAAUGACGGCGUGCAGAUCGCUGUCGUGGUCGGAGCCUCCAGCGACAACGGUGCUCGUCUCAUGCCCGUAAACAGCUACGUCCGUUGGAUCGAAGAGACCGCUAACAUCUCGCUGAGCCCCGAGGCCGUCCCGGAGCCCGAGGACAACCCAGUCAUCUUCGUUAACUAAAUCCAACUCAUAGUAUUAAGCCGUCAGACAUGACGCAAUACUAUGCCGUCAGAUUGUCAAUUGACACGGCACUAAUUCGUCAGAUUAUCAGGUGACGCGGUACUAAGCCGUCAGUUGCUUGGUCUUCUGAUUCAGUUUAAGCCUCCAUCUUAUCGUCAUUCCACUGAUAUAAUAAAUGUUUGACAGUU